AUGUGCAUAGUGUACAUUACUGCAAAGAGGGCAGUCAUCACACUCGUGUCUCCAGAUGUCCUGUAUCUGUUCAGAGUGCAAGCUGUAUGUCAGAGAGACCAGCGCAGUGACUUCAGCCAAACACUUUUAUUCAAAGCAAACACCACAAGGAUAUUUGAGGGCACAAGGAUUGUGAAAACUGGAAUGCCCACAGUUUCCCCCGCCUCUUCGGCAGACAUGGCCCCUAUAAGCUCAGGCUCCUCUACCUGGACGUCCGCCGGCCUCCCCUUUUCCUUCGUCUCCAUGGCAACGGGAAUGGGGCCUCCAUCCAGUGGAGGACAAGCCACUGUAGCAUCUGUGGUGACCAGCACUCUGUUGGCAGGACUGGGUUUCAGUGGCAGUGUGAUUUCUUCCCUGCCAGGAUCGUUUUGGCCAACCCACUCUACAAACUCAGGCCCCACACCCACUCAACAUCCAGCUACUCCCACUGCCGAAAGCACCCCAUCUGACAGCAACAUCCUGACCUCUGAGGACAGCACUGAAGCAAAUAACAAACAGGAAGAUGACCGUGAAAGAGAGGAGAAAGAGGAAGAAGAAGAAGAAGAGGAGGAGGAGGAAGAGGAACAGGGAGAAGAGAAGAAAAAAAAGGGGAAAGAUGUGACAGUCAAGGACAAAAAGCAGGACAAGACGGUGCCACGAAAACCACCUGCCCCUGUCCCAACUUCAAAACACAGGGAGCCGGGUCGAGAGAGGGUCGAUGUUAACACUGAGAAUUCCACAUUGGCCCCUAGAAUAGUGGAAGAGCAGGUGCCUCAUGCCACAGAGAGGCCUUCUGGUGAGGAUUCAUCAAAACCAACAUGGCUGGAGGAUAAUGACACUGCACACAUGCAGCUUCCCUCCAGCUCAACAGAGACCACCAAACUCACCAAUGAGGAGAAGGCGCACUGGCCGUACUACAUUCACACUGAGAGGAACAGCAUCUCCACUGUCACCCGAGACCCGAUGUCUUCAUCCAGCCGGAUGGAGUGGAUCAUCCCCCUGAUGGUGGUCUCUGCCCUCACGCUGCUCUGUCUGAUCAUGCUGCUGGCUGUCCUGGUCUACUGGAGGAGAUUCUUCCAGACUGCACAUUUGUAUAUUGAAGACAGGAACUCCCCCAGGGUGAUCCACGAUGACAGUUUCCCCAUCCUGUCUACAGCGGAUGACCUGGAGGCUGUUUCAGUCAGGCAGUUCAUCAAACACAUCAUGGAGCAAUACUCCAACAACCAACAUGGCUUUUCUCAGGAGUUCGAUGAGGUUCAACACUGCACAUCUGAAAUGAAGAUUACAGCAGAACAUUCAAAUCAACCAGACAACAAGCACAAAAACAGAUACAUCAACAUUGUUGCCUAUGACCACAGCAGAGUGAAGUUGCAGCAACUGUCUGGGAAAGACUCCAAGCACAGUGAUUACAUCAAUGCCAACUAUGUAGACGGUUAUAAAAGACCCAGGGCUUAUAUAGCAGCUCAGGGCCCUCUGAAGUCCACAUUUGAGGACUUUUGGAGAAUGAUUUGGGAACAGAACACGACUGUGAUUGUCAUGAUCACCAACUUGGUGGAGAAAGGCAGGAGGAAAUGUGAUCAGUAUUGGCCAUCAGAGAACAGCGAGGUUUAUGGGAACAUAAUGGUGACUCUGAAGAGUACUAAAGUUUAUGCUUACUACACACUCCGCCAUUUCAUCAUGCGCAACACCAAACUGAAAAAGGGUCAGAAGGGAAGGCAUAAUGAACGGCUGGUUGUCCAGUACCAUUACACACAGUGGCCAGACAUGGGCGUACCCGAGUAUACACUACCAGUCCUCAAAUUCAUCUCUCGAUCUUCAGCGGCCCGUACGUCAGGCACAGGCCCUGUUCUAGUUCACUGCAGUGCUGGAGUGGGCAGAACAGGCACAUACAUAGUCAUAGACAGCAUGCUGCAGCAGAUAAAGGACAAAGGCACUGUCAACGUCCUAGGAUACCUCAAGCACAUCCGAGCUCAGCGCAACUACUUGGUCCAGACUGAGGAGCAGUUUAUCUUUAUCCAUGAUGCAUUAAUGGAAGCUGUGCUUGGCAAAGACACCGAGGUGCCUGUCUGGCAACUCCAUAGUUAUGUCAACAGCAUUCUCACCCCGAGCCCCACAGGACAAACACGCAUGGACAAACAAUUUAAGUUGUUGACGCAAUGCAAUUCUCACCUCACUGAGUGUUUCAGUGCCCAGAAAGACUGCAACACAGAGAAGAACCGCACCUCGUCGGUCUUGCCAACGGAACGGGCUCGGGUGGCACUAGCUCCCCUCCCAGGUGUAAAAGGAACCGACUACAUCAAUGCCGCCUACAUUAUGGGCUAUUACAGGAGCAACGAGUUCAUCAUUACCCAGCAUCCUCUGCCCCACACAACCACAGACUUCUGGAGGAUGAUCUGGGAUCAUAAUGCUCAAGUUAUUGUGAUGUUGCCAGACAACCUCGGCCUUACUGAGGAUGAAUUUGUGUACUGGCCCAGCAGAGAGGAGCCCAUGAACUGCGUAGCCUUCACUGUCACCCUCAUUAAUACUGACAGACUCUGCUUAUCUAAUGAGGAGCAACUCAUCAUCCACGACUUCAUCCUAGAAGCCACACAGGACGACUAUGUGCUAGAAGUCCGACAUUUUCAAUGUCCAAACUGGCCAGAUCCUGAUGCGUCCAUCAGCAGCACAUUUGAGCUCAUCAACAUCAUCAAAGAAGAGGCUAUGGCAAGGGAUGGUCCCACCGUCAUGCAUGAUGAGUUUGGAGCCAUCUCUGCCGGGAUGUUCUGUGCUCUGACCACACUUUCCCAACAACUGGAGAACGAGAGCGCUGUGGAUGUCUAUCAAGUGGCCAAAAUGAUUAACCUCAUGAGGCCUGGCGUCUUCACUGAAAUUGAGCACUAUCACAACCUUUACAAGGCUAUGCUCAGCCUUGUCAGCAGUAAAGACUUCAGACUUGGCUUCAACUACAUGGACAAAAUUGCUGGGAUAGUGGUAACAGAUGAAUCCAACCAGGCUGAGAGCAUGGAAUCCUUGGUGUGAAGUUUUUGGAAAAUGAGAUGGAACAAAGUGGUUCCUUGAACUUUCCAUGAGGCCUUUUUUCCCAGACUCUUGGUGAAAUAAAAAAGAAAAAAAAAACAACAAAAAAGAGCUUUUAUAUGCUGAUAAAAAUGAAUUCUUUUGAUAUUUAUUUUUGCUGCUUUUUGUUAUCCUGCUGAGCGCCACAACCUGCUCUCCAAAACACACACACAAACACACACACACUGUCUACUUUGCACUACACUGUCAGUGUUACUACUUGAUGCCUAGCUGAUUAUUGAUAAUUGUGUUGAAAACGUUUCUGAGUAUCACUUUAUUGUUGCCGAUAAAGUCUACAGACAUGUGAGGGUGAUCAGCGACAGCACAUUAACACACACAUCAGCCUCAUAGCCAUGAAACCUGUACACAGAAAAGCUCCAACUUAAUGCUCAACAUGAUGCGACUUUUAACCGUCAAGCAUUAUGACUUGUUAGAUUAAUAUGUUAUUUUUUAUUUAUUAAGAUAUGUCAUUUUAUGUCUAACUUGUAUACAUUAUUUCAGUGUGGUAUCAUAACAGCAACUGUGAACAUAUAUUGUUAUCAGUAGCAUUUCUAUU